UGCCCCCUACCCUGGUUCUCCAAAGUGCCCAUGCCCAUUCCAGGACGCGGAGCCUGAGCCAAGCACCUACGCGGGGAGGGCAGCCUCCGGGAGUGGUCGAGACCCAGCGCCAGGCGGGGACAGUGACCCGCAGGGAGCGGACACAGUACCCGUGGUAACGCACGUGGGCGAGUCCUGAUUGCAGUCCGUCCGGGGACCACUCUUAACCAGUUUAGAGCGCUUCACGCUCCGAAUCUCAUCGGACCCUUUGCCACAGCCAUGCCCAGGGCCACAGGUGCCCCCGUUUCACACAUGAAGAAGAAGCCCAGGCUCAGACGGGCGUCAAGCCCGGGAAAAGGUUGCCGGGGGAACGAGUGACAGUGUCUGGACUAAAACCCGACCCCCUGCGGCGGGCGGCUCCCGAGCUCCUCCCCUGACCCUCCCUCCUCCACGCCGCCCCCGGCUGUGCCUGCCGCCACGCGCCUCGCCGCCACUGCAGAGACUCGACUCCGGCCCCGCUCGCCUCCGCUGCGGGCCUCGAGAACGCGGGGUCCCGGCCCCCCGCUGGCCGCGCCGCUGCUGACCAGUUUCCCCAUCCUGUCAGGCGGGCACGGCCCCCAGCGCCCCCACCAGGCACCAUGGACUGGAAGACGCUCCAGGCCCUACUGAGCGGGGUGAACAAGUACUCCACAGCUUUCGGACGCAUCUGGUUGUCGGUGGUGUUCGUCUUCCGCGUGCUGGUGUAUGUGGUGGCUGCAGAGCGUGUGUGGGGGGACGAGCAGAAGGACUUUGACUGCAACACCAAGCAGCCAGGCUGCACCAACGUCUGCUACGACGAGUUCUUCCCCAUCUCCAACAUCCGCCUCUGGGCCCUGCAGCUCAUCUUCGUCACGUGCCCAUCGCUGCUGGUCAUCCUGCACGUGGCCUACCGCGAGGAGCGGGAGCGGCGGCACCGCCAGAAACACGGCGACCAGUGCACCAAGCUGUACGACAACGCGGGCAAGAAGCACGGCGGCCUCUGGUGGACCUACCUGUUAAGCCUCAUCUUCAAGCUCCUCAUCGAAUUCCUCUUCCUCUACCUGCUGCACACUCUCUGGUACGGCUUCAGCAUGCCCCGCCUGGUCCAGUGCGCCAACGUGGCCCCCUGCCCCAACAUCGUGGACUGCUACAUCGCCCGGCCCACCGAGAAGAAGCUCUUCACCUACUUCAUGGUGGGCGCCUCCGCCGUCUGCAUCGUGCUCACCUUCUGCGAGAUCUGCUACCUCAUCUUCCACAGGGUCGUGCGAAGCCUUCCCAGAAAGAGCGGCCUCCGGGGCCACAGCCCCCCAUCCUCCGCCAGCCAGGCCUCCACCUGCCGCUGCCACCACAAGCUGGUGGAGGCCGGGGAGUUGGGCCCGGAUUCCGGCAACGAGAAGCUAUGUGCUUCAGCACCCAACAUGACCCCCAUCUGACCACAGGCUGGGGAGCGAGCGAUCCUGGGCUGCCCGUGGGGACAGGCAGGGAGGUAUUGUGCCGGUGGAGGGGUCCUCCCAGGGCUGGGGGGCCCCACUCUGAAUUCACUACGCUAUUCAAUCUCUUUAGCAGAUUUUUUUUUUUUUUUUUUUUUGCGGUACGCGGGCCUCUCACUGUUGUGGCCUCUCCCGUUGCGGAGCACAGGUUCCAGACGCGCAGGCUCAGCGGCCAUGGCUCACGGGUCCAGCCGCUCCACGGCAUGUGGGAACUUCCCGGACCGGGACCCGAACCCGUGUCCCCUGCAUCGGCAGGCGGACUCUCAACCACUGCGCCACCAGGGAAGCCCCUAGCAGAUUUUUUGGAGCGCUGGGCACUGUGCUGUCUAUCUGGUAUAGGUCACACCACAGGCCCACUGGCAGCCCUCCUGGGAGAAAGACAAGCAAAUUAACUACUGCCUGCAAGGGGACACUUAGAGGACUCUGCUGGGCUUCACCUAAGCCAGGAGGGGAUAAUGAGGAGAGGCUUCCCUGAGGGAGGAAUGUUUAAGAGAGGUGAGAAGUGAUUCCUAGCAGACAAAAGCAGGUGCAGAGGCCUGGAGGCCACAAAAGGAAAGAUGCUUGCCCUGGGUCUGGUGAGAUGUACCAGACCAAAGGGAAUCUUCAUUCCUUUGGGAGAAGCACCCAGAUUCCUGGGAUGGAAAGGAAGUAUCCUCCCAGCAGUGGAGGUCUGGAGGCUGAGAGUGAGCCUGGGAAGGGGAGGAGUAGGCUCUGGUGAUACCAGUAGGCUUGAGACACUCAGAGAUCCUCUGGGUCACCACUGCCCUUUGGGAACCCCCCUCCCAUCUUAUUCCUCCACCCUCAGGCAGCUUUGCUCCCAUCUUCCUCCCACAAGUGUACUCAGUGUGUUGCCAGCCUUUCAGACCCUACUCUCAGGGACUUGGGGUGGAUGUGCUGAUAGGAACAUCCCCCAAGGCAAUUUCUUUGAAAUCAAUAAAG